AUGCACCCUGGGAUGUCGACGGCCCACGCGCCGGCCCCUGGCGUGGCCCCAUCCGCGGCCCCCGCACUGGUUGUGCCGCCGUGGCGGACAGACCCUCUUCCAGGCACGUUGCCACCGACGAUGGCGCUGGAAGGCCUGGCUACGCAGGCUUCAACCGGGGCGGCGCCUCUGCUCAUCCCGGUGUCGACCCACCCGGCAGCGCAGGCGGCCCCGGCGCCGGUGCUGCAGGCAUUUCCGCUACAGUCCCACACCGCCCCAGCGCCAGCAGUGCAGACGGCCCCAGUGCCGGCGCUGUACACUGCGCCGUCGCCAGCGCUGCAGAUGGUCACACCCCAGGCGCCGCCUCGGCAGGCGGCGGUGCCGCCGGCAGCUCCGGCGCCGCCGGCUCCUCCAGUGGUCGUGCCCCACGCGCAGGCGACAGCGGCCGCGCCCCAGGCGCCCAUGCUGGUGCCCACGGAGCUGCCAGUGCCCCAGCCCGCGGCGCGAAGGCCAUCGCUAAGGCGUGGAGAGGCGGAGCAGCUGCAGACCGUGCUGGAUUGCCUGACGGGCCCGAGGGCCGCCGCGGCCCCGGCCGCGCAAGCGGGUGCGCCAGCCGUUGCCAGCGGUCAGGCGCGGGCCGUUGCGCCGGCGGCGGCUGCUCCGGUGCCGCCCACCGCCGUCAAGGAGGAGAGCUCGCAGGCGUCGGCCUCUCAGGCGCCCGUGAUGCUGCCAGACGGCUGGAGCGCGAAGUACUCGGGGCGAAAGCAGCAGUACUACUACUUCCGUGUCGAUCAGUCCGGUAGGCCCUACGAGCGCGGGCAUGAUAACAAGACGAAGACGUAUUGGCUGCACGAGUUCCAGGCCGCCCUCGCGGAGUCCGGCCCUGGUUGGCCGCUGGACAUCUCGGAGCCGCCGCCGGCGGCGCCCGCGUCGUCCUCGGCGGCUCGGCCUGCCGACGUGCCCGUCCUGACGCUGGAGAGCAGCAGGAGCAGCAGCUGCACCUGGCAGCCGGCCGCAGGGUCCUGA